AUGUCAAUAUUCACUCGACCGUUGAAUCGGUUGACCAAAACAUCAGAAGUGGUGCCACCAAUGAACGAGCAGAACAUCACUCAUCGAAAAAAACUUUCUACGGUUUCGACUUCUCUCCAAGGAGAUGAUGGUGCGGCUUAUUUUUCUCCUAUUCAUGUUCGUAUCCAAGUGUUUUUAGGGUUUGUUGCAGCUUCACCUCGUAACUGUUAUACUCGGAGCAAUAUCGUGCCACUACGAAGACGAGUUUAUGAAGAAAUUGAUGGAGCAGCAAUGAGCAGCAGAUCUGGAAGUACUCCAAUAGAACAGAAAGCAUUGGAAAUCCGUCGAACACAGAGCAAGAAAGAAACCGUUCAACACAGAGAAGAAAGUCGUGCUCUUCCCACAGUGCUCAUCGAACAAAAUGCCGUGGAGACAAACGCGAAAACAAAGAAGUCACGUCCUUCGACAUCAUCUCUUGCAUCUGUUUUUAGAAGUCGAGCCAGCUCCCCAAUGGAGACAGUUCGUAAGGUCUUUGGAAGGUCUUCGUCAAAGCAGCCUAAAGAGCUUACUGUUCCGUCGCCUUCAUCCACAUCGUUGGAGCCAGUCACAAGUAAAAACGAGCAACGUCUCAUGGAAGAACUAGAAAUAGUUCGAAAUCAAUUAUCACAGGCACAAUUACAAAUCUCCGAACAGAACAAAAAAAUGAGGCAGGUCCAGACGGUUUGCUCUUCACAACAAUGCGAACCGCUUCGUAUGACUGAUGAAGCUACGAUGACAGAGAAAGUGGCUGAAAAAGUUGAUAACAUGGAAAAAAUGGAUAAAGAAAAUUUGCAUCCGGACAUUAUUUGUCUUGAGAGCGAUGUGAAUGUUUCCAGUCGUAUUCAGAGUUUGAAGGAUGAAGUAGCAGCAUUGAAAAAAGAGAAUUCGGAGCAAAAAGAAGACUUCCGGAAAACUCGCAAAGAUUUCAUAUUGAUUCUCAAAGAAGCAGUUCUGCGAAAAGAUGAAGCUGAACGGAAACUGGAAACAAUUUCAAGAAGUGUUUCUGAUGAUGAUGACUGGGUCACUUUGAUGACUCAACAUAAGCAUACUCUUCGAAGAAAUGUACUUCUGGGAUGGGUUCAGAAGACACUCGAACAAUAUUCUGAUCAAUUGACGGUCUCGAACUUCAGUUCUGAUUGGACAGAUUGUCGUGCUUUCUGUGCUCUUCUCUUUGAUCUCUUCCCUGAAACUAUGCCAGACGUUACAAUAUCUCCAAUUGUUGGUGAUUGUGUCAAUCGAUGCCGUCGGUCGUUCCAACGUCUAGAAAUUCCAUUUGAAAAACGGGCCCUUGGGAUUGCAUCAACAUCUUCACCAGGAGCAGACUCGGGAGCAGAUGAGGACUCAUCGUCGGCUUGCAGUGUUAUCGCGGGACUAACAGAUUGGCGUUACAUUAUGAAUACCGUGUUUGUGAUUUAUCAAAGAGGCGUGCUUGGUAAAACAUGA